CUGACUGCGCAUUGAUCAUAUUUGCACUGAUCCAUGCUUGUAGAUAUGUGCGUUUAUUUCGAAAUUUUUUUAAAUACCUGUGAUUUGCGUCAAUUUAAUCUAUUAUAUUUGUAACGUGUUGCAUUUAUAAUGAAUAAAAGUAAUUUUGAUAUUUUUGUGGGUGGCACAUCGGGGAUUUUUAAAGGAAUACAAGUCGGAAAGAAGGGACAAAUAGUUAAAAAUAUACAGGACUUGGCUUCUAUCACAAAAAACGAUCAGGUGACUAUUAUUGAAUGGGGCAAUGACAAGGAAGAGGAUAUUUUAAUCGCAUGUGGUUUAAAAGAAAACAGAAGAGUAAAAGUGUAUGAUUCUAACCACCUUGUGUUUACAAGGUCCUUUCCUUGUGAUGUAGGUAAAGGCAGCAUCAAAGGAUUAUCACGAUGUGAAGGAUCAAUUUUAACUGCUGUCGAAUCUGGAGAAGUGAGCUUAUGGACUUCUGACAAAAUAGAAGUGCCAAUAAUAAAUGCUGGAAACAAUUUGGAAAAGAUGCGUUACUCACAUACGGGAAAGAACAUAAUAACUGGAGGAUUGGAAAAUAGACUAAAAGUAUUUGACCUAGAAAAGCAGAGUUUAAUAUUCACCGAGAAAGAUCUUCCACAUGAUGCACUGCAGUUAAGAUUACCCAUUUGUAUAACGGACUUGAAUCUUUUACCAGGAACUCAAACGAUAGCAACAGUCAGCAAAUAUGGAUAUAUACGCCUGUACGAUUCACGUGCACAAAGACGUCCUGUAAUAAAUAUGCAGAUUCAAGAUAAAUCUUGGAGCUGUUUAAGUGUCACAUCCAAAGACAAACAUAUCUUAGUGGGAUCGACUAUAGGUACUAUGAAUCUUGUUGAUUUAAGAAAAUGUGGUUUCUUAUUAAAAACUUAUAAAGGAUUCACUGGUGCUGUAACUGGGAUAACUUGUAGUACGAGUAAUCCAUACAUUGCAAGCGUUAGCCUUGAUAGACAUUUACGGAUACAUCAUAUGGACACAAAAGCACUUUUGAAACAGAUUUAUUUAACAUCGAACUUAACGUGUAUAGUAAUGAAAUCAGAUUUUUCUUUUUAAAAUAACUUUAAUAACGAAAAAACGUUAAUGUAAUUUUUAUUUUUUUGAAAUAAAGUAUU